AUGAUACCACGAAUAGUCACUCGAACUCCGGCAAACUAUGCACUGUUUAAGCGCCUGUUCAGUAGCCAGGAAUUGGCUUACUCUGAGAAACGGGCUAUAGGCUUUUCGCGUGAACAAAUGUUUGACGUGGUUGCUGAUGUUGGGCAGUAUCAUCUCUUCAUACCUUGGUGCCGACGUUCGGAUAUCCUUGAAAAACAUGAAAAUUCACGCAUAGCAGAGUUGGAGAUUGGGUUUCCUCCAUUACUUGAAAGCUACCGCAGCCGAAUCACUCUCUUAAGGCCGUCUGUGGUGCACUCUGUUGUAAUUGGAGACUCUAUAUUCAACACUUUGGAGACAACAUUUCGAUUUGCGAAAGGAGAACCGGAUAACGAGUUGUCUUGUGUACUUCACUAUGAUCUAGUCUUCGAAUUCAAGUCAGCUUUGCACUCAGGCAUGGCUCAUUUGUUCUUCGACAGAGUCGUUAAAACAAUGGUGGAGGCCUUCUUACGAAGAGCAGAGCAACUGCACGGCAAACCCUCAACACCUCAUGCGUCACCAGAAGUAUUACGGUAUAAGAAGUAG